GACAGCUAUACGUUUGUACUCCCGAGAAAAUCUUCCUGCAAACACUUGUGGAUAAAUUGCAUUGAACAUCAUGCAUUCUUUAGGUUAGAGAAGAGCUCGAGCGGCUGCCGAACGCCUCAAAACUUCUUACGUCCCGGAUCGAAGCAUCGCUACAGUGGUCGAACUCAGAACGAGGCUCUCAGAGAGGGUUUCGGAAGAAAACGUCUUCAACCGGAAGUAAUUAGGAUGGCCAGUAAGAAGUAUCCAAGACGCAGCUUUCAAGAAAAACGAAAAGCAACACCAAGCAUCUUAGGACGAAAAUCUCCAUCGGGAACAAACGUGUCCGCUCCUGUGCACGCUGCGAACGGAAAUAUUAGAUGGUCUCAGUCCAGUGGUGAAGGAAAGAUGAACGGAACAGCCAGAUCAAGUGGACUCUACACGAAUGGCGAUCGAACUCAGAAUGGCAGAAAUCAAUUGGCAAAAUUUCCAAAACCUGGCAGACGUCCUGGUUAUCUAAGUGGAAGCGAUACUGAAAGUGGCCGUCGAAGGGGUGGACGAAACUAUGUGUCAGAUGACGAGGCUGAUGUUCGGAGGAGGAGGCAUCGACGUCGUCGUCACAAUCGAGGAUAUGCCUCAGCUGGCGAUGCGAGUGGGACUGAAACCGAGGGAGUAAGUAACGUAGAGAAUCCAAGAACAAGAAUUCGAGGUUAUCACCCUGUGAACCCUGAAGUUCCCUACGAUCCCACCGCACAAUGGGUGGAUAGUACUCAGAAUAUUCCUGGCGCGACAAGAGAGAGGCAAGGAAGAUCUUACGAAGACGUCAGGACACGACAGAGGACGCAAAAUAUUUAUAAAUCCGAGCCAGAUAUCCUUCUCAGUCCAGCUCUCGUUCCUGUUCAGAAAUCCUCCGUGUCAGUCGCGCGUGUUCGUGAGGAUCAUGCGCACACGCAUCGUUAUUCGGGAUCGCAUUUGCCACACGAUUCCUUGUACAAAGUUAGAUCGGAGUCUGCGAAUAAUAAACUCAACUUUAAGGUGUUGUUGGAGUUAGGACCUGAAACGGGCAUGCCAACUGAUGUCCAGGCUACGCAUCGUUACUCGAACCAACGGGGAGGGACUCGUGACGAGUCUCAUUACAUCAAUCAUCGAAGUAGAGGUGGAUACAAGAGCAGGCUAGACGAUUAUGAGCACGCGAGAAAAAGCAACGACAUGGAUGAACAGAGCUCACGCUAUAAAAAUCGUCGUUCGAACGAUCAUUUUCUUGGAAUGAAGUCCACGGAACUUUAGAUGAAAACUUGAGAGAAACUUCAACAUCUGUGAUAUACAAAAUGCGUUUUCUACGUCGGAGUUACGCUCGUUUCAUCAAGAAGUGCUUUAUUUAACAUGAUCAGAGUGUGUUUAUGGGAGCAAAAAAAGCACUUUCGAGAGUUCAUAGAAGUUUUAUUCCUCGUGUGUGUUUCACGGCCGUAUCUAAGUGCCUGUACUUGAGUGUCAACUGUUAGAUAGUGUUUCAUCAUUGGUAAGAAAAGCAGUUUAAAAAAAUGAAGUGGACUACCAGCAGACGUACAUAAAAAUAUUUUUUAAUACAACAUUUUUUGUAUUUUAUUACUGUCUAUCUUUUUCUAUAAGAAAUAUAAACUACAAGGUAGACAUAAA